AAUUAUUCCUUUAAUGGUCCCAAAAUAUCACAUUCACGUAGUAAAAAAUCCCAGAAAAACACUCAUGCAGAAUCCAAAGCGACUCCCUCCAAGUAAUUAUUAAGUCAGAGACUUUGUACAAUCAAUCAAUCUUUAAAAAAGUUUGGUUAUUUUUCCAGGUGGUUGAGUCAGAAGUUGCGAUAAAUUUUCAUACUUGAAGCUUCAACUCAACGCCGCAAGACCCUUUUCCAGGUUCAUAUAGGAAGGGGGAUUGGAGGCGUUAAACUUGAAAAAGGGCUUAUAUUUGAGGCGGGUUGCUGGGAGAGUAUUCAAUCAGAAUUGCCGCUUCUUCGAUAAGGGACAAAAGUAAAGACUGCAUCGUUUGUUUGUUGAAGGUUUUGUUGGAGUAUUGCGAGCCCACCAAGAAACACAAAAGUUCGCAAUUAUUUGAUCUUUUUAGUUUCUUUGUUAUGUAAUUGGUGGGGUUCAUCGAAAAAGAGUAAGAAGAUGAUGAUAAGUUGUCCAGGCCUGUCAAAGUUCAAAACAAAGCAGGUUGUCUUUGAAGAAGUUUUUCCGGCCUGUGAUUCUGGUACACUUGAGCAACUGAAAGAAAUGAGCUCCAAGCGAAGAGCAAUUGAGGAGUCUAUAAAUGAGAGCAGCUCUGUUACAGAAGCUAUUGCUAGAGAAAUGUCGGGGGGAUUGACUUUGCGCUGUGAACAGGAUAUCCAGAAGUUGGAACAGUAUCUUCCUUUAUUAGAGAACCUGGUUUACCACGUUAAUAGAGGUCGUAAUAAUCCUUGGGUUGAUCGUUGGAUGUCUGACCUAAAGUUAAGGUGGACCAGUCCUCUCAUUUCAUCAUCUAUCUUUCAUGUUAAAAGUCCCAAGUAUUUUCAAAUCAAUUACGUGCAAUUUGAGCUUGGAAUGGUUCUUUUCCUAUAUGGUUCAUUGCUUCGAGAAAAGGCUCUUGAAAUACUUCAAACAGACUUGGUGCAAUCUGCCGCUCUUUUCAGAAAAGCUGCUGGAGUCUAUCAACACUUAGCUCAUGAGGUUCUUCCCUCGUUACAGCUUGCCGCGAGAACAGAACGGCCUCCAGAAUCUGUACCAAGUGUGUCCUCAGUUAUGAGCCUUGUUUGCCUGGCAGAGGCCCAGGCUGUGGCAGCAAGGAGGGCUGAAGAAAAGGGGAACACUCAAAACCUCUUGGCUAAGUUGCACUAUGGUGUUAGAGACUUCCUUGAUGAAGCUUUAGUUAUUUUACAUUCAGCUACCAAAGAGUGCAAAGACAUUUCAUCACCUUUUGCGGAUUUCAUUAUAAGUUGCCGAAUGCUACAUGAAUUGAAGAGUUACAAGUACAUAGCAGAAAGCCUAAAGGUAGAUGGGAAGAUUGGUGCUGCCGCUGGUUUACUACGGCAUGCAUUAACCAGUAUCGGAAAGAGUACUCCUAAAGGAGAGGCAUGGCGCUUAGUUUAUAAACAGUUAGUCCAGGAAAUGACAGAGUUACUUAGAAAGUACGAACACGAAAAUGAUUUUGUCUGGCAUGAAAAAGUCGUCACUAAGCAUGAGCUGCCCCUGCCCGAGACAAUAAAGAUUGUAACUUCUACACCUUAUCAACCCCAGAGGUCGGAGAAAACGCUGGCUUUCAAACAAGUAUAACUUAUGAAUUGUACAGUACUUGUUUCUUGCCUUCAGAGGAAUGAGUAGGAAUCAAGAAAAUUCACGAUAGUACAUUGCAACGAUUUUUUACCGAGGAAAUCCAAUAUCUUCUUCUUUUUUCCC